UUUAGCAGACACACGAAACCAUGCUGGCAACCAUUUAAAAUAGACGUGCAAAUAAGCGCGCUCGUUAUUACACGGCGAAGAAACCAUGGAGGCCGGCAAGAAUGACUUUAUGCAGCAGUACAAAACAAUUUCCCUGAAACUCAAAAAGAGAUUUCUUCGCAAGCCAAAUUUGGCCGAGGUCAGCGACCAAUACACUGCCCUUGGGAAGCAGUUACAGCACCAAGAAUGCCCCCAUUAUGCUGGAAUGUGCAGCCUCGCCGCUGCAAAGUGCGAGCAGUCCAUGGGGAACAGCGCAGCCGAAGCCCAGGCACUGGCGCAAGGGGCACGGCAGUUCUUCAACGCGGAGGCAGAUUACCACGCCCUGCUGUGUCCGUCGAUCGACGAACACUUGGCAGCCGCGGUGCACUGCUUUUCGCGGGCCAUCGACCUCUACGUGCAACUUCCGGAGCCGUCCCUGGCGGCCGCGCUGUGCACCGAAGCCGGCCAGUGUCUCCGGUCCAUCGACCGACCGCACUUGGCAAUGUCGUUCCUGCAGCGCGCUGUCCAGUUGCAGAGCAAGUGUGCCAUGGGCUACGUGGAUGCACUUCAGGAACUGGCCACCUGCCAAAUUGAAACCGGUGACUACUCUGGGGCCCUGUCAUCGUUCACUGAAGUUUACACAGUAGCCCAGGAAAAGAGCAUGCUUAACGGUCGCUCAAUGGGUGCCAUGGCAACAGCGCUGGCAUCAGCAGAGAUCAUGCGGCUUCUCUUGCUCCUAGUGCUACAGCCGUCUGCGCAGAAGAUGCCUGCAGAGCACGCUGCCCUUCUCGACCGUUACCUGUACGACAGCCCAGAGGAGACCACGCCGAGCAAACCAAGCUACCUGAACGAGGACGUCUUCCUGCUCCUGCAGUCACUAGUGAUGGCGUUUGAGAGCAAGGACCGAGAGUCUGUCAGGCUGCUUCAAAGCCAUCUGUGGCCUUUGCUGAAGGCAGAUCAAAAUGAACUUCUCCACGAAGCAGUUGACAGACUUUGCAAGUGACUGCACUUCAAGACCUGCAUGCCGCAAAAGCUGUGUGCAGCUGUAAUUGUAGGGAACCUUUUCUUGCCUGUAUAUAACUUGUUGCUGAUGCCAGCGAUACCUGUGAUUAUUUAAAAACUCAUGGUUAAACACUUUUCUUGAAUUCACAGUAGCCUACUGUGUUGUACAGUGCCAGCAUUCUCAUGAAGUUUGCUGUUGAAAGCUGCGUACCUGUAAAUUGAAGAAAGAUGCAGCCAAGUCCCAGUGAUUGAAAGACAAGCUGUGCUUUAUUUCUUAAAUUGAGAGUGCACAACCCAUUCCAGGAUAAAAUGACAGUGGGCGAUGACUCCUGUUCACCGUGUUAAACAUGGGAACACGUACAGCAUAGAAGACUGAGCAAGUCGGCUAAGCCGUAAACUAACGCAAAAAAAAUAAACUGUGGACUAGUACAAACAGCUGGACAAGAUGUGCUUUAGUUGCUAAACACAGCUCGUUUCAGGAGAAAAUGACUAGUUGUCAGGCGGCAGUACCUGUGAGUCAUCGAAGGUGAAUAUUGUGACUAGUCCACCAAAGCCAUUCACGUGCUGGCCACGGAAUGGCAGUGUCACCUUGCGCACAUGACAUGCCAGUAUUACAGAAAUGGAAUGAUCCACCCUUGUGCGAAAGAAUAAAUGCUAUAUCGAACCUGA